AUGGUUACCUUUUUCGUUGUUUUCACUGCUUUUCUUGCCGUCCUUGUCACUGCAAUCUUGCGUAUGUAUUUCAAUCAACUUGUUCCAGAAGGACUGCCUGUCGAUCAGCACCAUAAACUUCGAACAGUGGGGGUGAUCACAAAGCUCACGGGAAUGGUGGUAAGUUGUUAUGUCUUCGUUCAUUUCAAAAGCAGCAAAAGUAAUAAUAAAAUAUAUAUAACCUAACUUUUUUCUCUGAAGUUGCUAUCUCGCUUGCGAUUUUACAACUAUUUUAUUAAUAUACUGACCAACUUGCAUACCAAUGAUGCCUUAUUUUGGACAUGCUGGUGCUGGGUUUGCAACUUUGCAAUGCGCGUUCUGCAUCCUUGACAUUUAAACUUAUACCUCAGAGUCAGAAAAUACUAUGUUAUUUUCCCUUCCCUAUUUCAGGCCUGAACCGCUGUUCUCAGGAGGCAAAUCCUAAAACACGUACCUAAUUUUACGGACCUGGUUCCAGAGACCAUAAAACUUAUCUUAGCUAUUUGUAUUUUUAUUGUUAUAAUUAGCUAUGCCCAAUUUCAGAACCUUUUGGUCCACACAUACUUUGGAGUACCCCCUCCCUUGGAUUGUGGUGCUGUUGUAGACUGCAAAACAGUCAGUUUUUUUCUCAAAAUCAGUAAAGAAAUCGGUAAAGUGUAGCGUAAGAGUCUUACGCUCGCUGGCGCAAGCAAGCCUCACACACCCAUAGGGGCGUGUGAGGCGAGAGAAAAGUGUCUCUCCCAGUCUCGCGCUCUCUGUUUUCAGCCUCGUUCCAGACCUUUUGUUUGACUGCCCGUGCACAAUUGAAUACACAAAAAUACGGACUGUUUUGCAGUCUAGUGCUGUUGCAGAGAUGUUGUUUUUAAAUUUGUUUGGAAAACAAAUUUAAUCACUUAUCAUUCACACCUACCAAAAGGAAGGAAGUUAUCAAAAUGAAGGUAUGUCUAGGGAAUUAUAUCUGAUUAUUUGAGCCCUAGAAUUAUAGGAGAAAAAUGAUAAUCUUCAAUCUAUUUUUAAGGCGUACCUUGCAUCGUUGCUUGGCAUUGGAAGUGUUAUAAACAAUAUUCGUCAGAUCCAAAGUUUCUUAAGUCACCUUCAGAAUGUACCAGAAGAUCCCUCACUUCAAAUCAAGGACUUGAAGAUUGCCGAUGUUCCGGUUCGUCUAUAUAGAUCCAAACAAAAUAUAGUUGAUGGUAAAAAACAGACAUGUGUGGUGUUCUUUCAUGGUGGAGGUUGGAUGUUCCUUAGUAUUGGUGAGUUAAUGCCAAAGCCAAAGCCAUAACCAAAUAAAUAAUGGAAAGGCAAAUAAAUGCUUUAAUUUAUUAAAAAUAAACCAUAUUACACAAAGGUUGUGCAUAAAGAAACAUCCAAUGUAAUGAUAACCAUCCUAAAAUAAAAAAAAGUAAAAUAAAGGUAAGGGUAAAAUAAAAGCAAAGCCACAUGGAUUAAAAAAAAAGUGUAAGCAUUCCCAUUCCUCUUAUGAGGGAGUUCCUCCCAGGAUCAAAACCCUAUCUGUGGCCCAGCAAUUCAUGGCAACCACAGAAACAUCACGCCUUGACUCGAUCAGCUAGCUGAUACAAUCUUGUGUCACUCUUCAGGGGCAGUACCUAACGACCAAAUUUUCCAUAUAGUCGGAAGAAUAGAAUAGUCCCAGAAACAUUUUUUUUUUUGUUCAGAUGUCUUGAAUAGGGGAACCUGUAGUCAUCUCAAAAUUUUUAGGUGGCUCUUUUCGUCUCAUCUGAAACUGUCAGAACCCCAGAUUGGUGUGGUCAAAAGUUUGAGGACAUAUUGGAGUAGCUGUCCAUUCACAAGAAGAUUCUAGGAGAUGUUAAUUUUGUCUUUAUAGCAAAAUAUUUUAAGGAGACUCUUUUUAACAAUAAAAUAUUUCAUUAAUUAUGCAAUAUUCUGGUAAUGAAGUAUGAAAAACACAACCUCCAAAUUAAAAACCGUAUGUAAGUUAGUAGAAAAACUGCAAACAUCUUGGCCUUUCUUGAGCUUUAGAAAUUCCUAGUUGCCCUAAUUUUGAACAGUAUUUUACAAAAAAAAAGACAUGUGGAUGCCUCUGACUCUCAGUACUUUUAUUUUAACCCUUUAGACGCUAAGAUCAAAAUAUGAAUUCUCAUUUGCUGCCCCCAUUCAUUUCCUACAGAAGUAGUGGGGAGAAGUUGAUAAAAUAUUUAGCAAAUUUAUCUUACGUGAUCAUGUCCAUAAUUCUCAUGACCACGCUGUUUUACAAAGCAUUGAUAUUAGAAGGAGGAAUUUGAUGCUGAUCACUCUCAGGGCUUAAAAGGUUCACUAAUUUCUUACUUAUCAUGAGUCUGUUCCUUUUAGAUUUUUACCAUUCCCUCACUCAAUAUAUGGCUGCAAAUGCUGGAGUGGUAGUUGUAUCUGUUGGGUAAGAUAUUCUAGUACAUUUACUGGUACUUGAACUUGCACAUACAUUGCUGCAUUGUUUAAACAUGCAAUAAUUAUGAUUUCUAUUGAUAGCGGGAUAAUUUAAUCAAGAAGUUCUGCAUGUGUAAAAUGUUAUCCACAAGCCAAUGGUAAAAUGGGCAACAAAAACAUGUAACUUGUUUUGUAACUUACACGAGCACUGCUGCAAAACAAGUUAACCCUUCAAGUCCCAAUAGUGACCAACAGCAAUUUUCUCCUAACAAUGUCCAUGAUACAUUGUCAAGAGAUAAGGUUGUGAGAAUGUAAAAAAUUAUCAUGAAAGAGAAAAUGCCUUAAUGUUUUAUCAAAUUCUCUCAACUAAUUCAGGGGCACCCAACGGCAAUUUUCGGGAAAAUAUCUGUUCGGAAGACAAUUUGAGAUCUAGAAUUUUCGGAGCAUUUGUUGUAAAAUUUCUUGCUUGCCUGCCUCUCCUAGGAUUUUCGAACAUCUACAAAAUGAUAUUAUUACCCAUUUUUAACGGAUUUUGACCCUAAAAAAGGCCACCUAGAAUUUUCGAGAGCCUUUUCCUGGCUAAAAUCUUCGAGAAGGUAAGUUUUCAUCCCUAUAAUUUUCGGAUCACUAGACUUUCAGCUAGGAAAUCCGAACAGAUGAAAAGUUUUUAGGGGAUAAAAAUAUGCCUAUAUCUACCGUUUGAAUACUAAAAUACGUUCAACAUUGCUUUGUUAAGUGGUUUUGAACUAUAUCCUCGUUGGGUGCCCCUGCUAAUUCUUAAAGGAAAUGUAUGGAGAUCAGUUUGGAGAAUUUGUAUGUGGAUACUGGGGCUUAAAGGGUUAACAGACAAUGUUGCACUUUUUAUCAUGCACGCUCAAAGCUGUUUUGCAACUUUAAAUCGGCUUGUUACAUUAAGUUAUGUGAAUACUGACUUCUGAUUGGAUCCAGUUUUGUGGGAGUCAAGGCAUACAUGAGUUAAUUACUCGUUGCAAAAAGUUUGUCUUCUAGGGUGGUAAAAUGUGCAACAUGUACCAAUUUUGUUGUAAAAAGUAGAACUAAUUCUCUCUACUUUCUGCAACAACUGCCUUCUUUUGCAACUUGCAACAACAGGGCUGCAAAUAACGGCCGGUCAACGGACAAUGUCCGGUCAAAAAUAGGUUUUGUCCGGUCAAAUCCUUACAUGGCCGGACAAUUUGUCCGGUCGUCUACUCUGGUAAGGAAGGUCGAAACACAAUGGAUUAGAAAGAAAUUGUAUUUGCGAUAAUCCUUUAUAAAUGUUGCCAAUGUGGUAUGUAACGACUUCAGUUAAUGAACAUAGUCAUCAACGUCUUCGAAAACCCUUUCCAGUGCAUCUGGGUGUUCCCUUGUUAUAUGUCCAAACCGCAUUUUCGUAAGAUGAUGUCCUCGGAUGUCUUAGCCUGUAAACAGACGUUUUAUUUUUCUUUUCAUUCUUUCCAAAAACGUUGGUGAGCGAAGCGAGCGCGAAGCGCGAGAAAGAAAAAUAAAGAAUAUGUAUAUUUAUCUUCCCCCACCACCACCCCCUUGCGCUGGCGGUCAAUAAAUCCCCUGCGGUUUAUAUUUUAUCACCCGCGCUCAACGGACUUUUAAGAGAAAACAGAGGGUCUGUGAACAGGCUACGGAUGUCUAAAAAAACUCUUCCAUUAUUGUAUUUUAAAAGUUAAAUCACGCAUCUUAGGGAAAGAGCUUCCCUGUUUCUGGCAACAUUUAAAAUCAACUAGAUUGCAAGCCUCAGUCAAUUUCAUCAACUUCAUAACUAACCGUAUAUAAGACGUAGAACUCAAGCAAUAGUAGUAGGCACAAAUGUGAUACUGAUUUUGCUGUACCAUGCGUUCCACUUUUCCUGCAUUGAGAUCGAUGCUCAUGUACAAUAAAUGCUUUGAAAAUUUACUUGUUUCAUAUUUAAACAUCAUGUGAAGGGGUGAGGGGGUACUUUUAUAGCGAUAAGACGUAAUCGAUGUUUGUCCGGCCAAAAAUGGGAUAUGUCCGAGCAAAAGUAGGUUUGACCGGACAAUUUGACCGGCGCCAGCCGGGAAAUUAUUUGCAGCCCUGCAACAAGCUGAUUUGUUGAAAGAUAGGUUGAUUCGGGGAUGGUAAAACAUGCAACACUGCUAUUCAACUUGUUUUGGAACAUUGGUGAAAAACAAGUUACACAUUUUUGUCGCCCAUUUUACUGUAACUUUACAUAUAUACACAGGUACAGGUUGGCACCUGAAAACCCCUUUCCAGCUGGUUUUGAUGACUGUGUUGAAGUGGUGAAAAGUCUUCUUGAAACUGGAGAUGAGUAUGGUAUUGACACGAACCGUAUAGUGUUAGCAGGAAGCAGUGCAGGUGGAAAUUUGGCAGCAGCUGUAACUCAUCAUUUACAAAAUGAGAAUAGAAAGCUGGCUGGUCAGGUAGGUUGUCUUAAAAAAAAAUGUAGACGUUUUAUUGCAGUUAGUGAAGUGGCCUCCCACACAGACAUUCUAAGGGGUUCGUCUGGCAUAAGGAUUACUCAUGGCGAGCCAAAAGAACCCGUGCGGGGAUGGCCCUUGAUGGAGGAUGACGCUUCCUAAUCUGGUGGUUGCCCUGUGAUUUUAUGGGGGCCUGUGCAACCAAGAAGGACAAGACAAUUUUUUCAGUCCCCUUAUCCACUUCCAGCUUAAAGUGAAAAGCACACUUUUCUACCCCAUGUUACAAACUACUAAUAUUUUUUUUUUACAAAAAAUAAAUCAAUUGGCAGAGAACAAAAAUAAGUUGGUUAUCUAGAAGUACAUCCAGUGUUAAUGGCAAUAGACCUCUCUAAUUUCUAUGAUUUGUUUUGCCAAUGUAGCUCACUUGAUGAUGAGAACUGUUUCUUUCAGAUUUGUCAUAUUUCAGAUUCAUAUAUGUAUAUGAAUAAUUUAUGAAAAGACAAAAGGGAAAUUUCCUCUGAGACCUUCAUUGGGAAAACAAAACGUACUUUUCUUGUAAGCUUAAGAGGUCUAUAGGUUAAUUAGCAUAUAUAAGUUGUCGUUAACAAGGUAAAGUUUAAAAAGCGUCACAUUUUGAAUGACAGACUCAAACAUUGAAGCUGUAAAAGUGUCUGGACCAGCAAAAAUGGUGCUCUUAAGAACUUGCUUUAACGGUGCAGCCCGUGCUAGUGCAUUUUUAAAGCUUUUGUUUUUGAGGAGAAGAAACAACCUGGGUUCUUGGAGGAAGUAACCCCUAACAGCAAGGAAGAGAAUUAACUAACAUCGAACUGAAGUAAGCCUCUUGUUAUUUUUCAGAUCCUUAUAAGUCCUUUACUACAGUUCAUGGAUUUGACGCUGCCCUCUUAUCAAAAAAACAGUUCUGCUGUUCUCUCGAAAAUAGAAGUGGCAUUGGCUUGGUCAUUUUAUAUUACCGGCACAAAACGGAUGUCUCGUCCGAUUGGUGCUAACAAGCACUCAGCGCAUCUUUACAACACAAAGUAUUCAAAAUUCAUUGGUGUUUGUGAUGCUGAUGUUGACAAAGUUCAGAAAGAACCA